UGUACGGGCACGACUUCCGCUUCCUGUGGGUAGACGGAAGUACUCCACACGUGUGUGUGUGUGACUUUGAACCGGGGACUAGUCAGUGCAGAUAUGGAAGGCUUCAGCUCUGACUUCUCCCCGUCCGGAGCGGCGGCCUCGGGCUCUGCGAAGGUGGACACCGGGGCCAUCAUGGAGCAGGUCAAAGUGCAGAUCGCGGUGGCCAAUGCGCAGGAGCUGCUACAGAGGAUGACCGAUAAAUGUUUUCGAAAAUGUGUUGGAAAGCCAGGAAGCUCUUUGGAUAAUUCAGAACAGAAGUGCAUUGCAAUGUGCAUGGACAGAUACAUGGAUGCCUGGAAUACCGUAUCCAGAGCGUACACCUCCAGGCUACAACGAGAGCGUGCUAAGAUGUGAUAUGAGCCGGGACAUCUGCAUCCAACAGAACCCUGACAUUGACUGACCUCUAUUGCUGACAACAGCUCUGAGUUUACCAUUCCCAUUAUGCAGGGAGCAGCUACUGGCGGUUUAUGGGUUCAAUUGUAAAUUGAAAAACCUAAUGACUAUGCCACUGAUGAACUGAUGCUGAAUCUGCUGUUACAUGUAUCCUUAAUGUAGCAGUUAUGGUGAACUUCUCAUUGGCAGUCUUCUGUGCAGGAAUGUAGACUGAUUUUUUUUUUUUUCUUUUUAAUGUCCAUUCAUGUCUGUUUCACUGGUCCCCCAAAUAGUGUUUUUUUUUUUUUUCUUUGUACCAGCCUUAAUCUGUUAUAUAUAUUUGGAACCCCAUGUAUGUUGUAUAAAAUACCUUUUUAAAGAUAUGAGCAUCUAUUAAAAAUAAUAAUGAGCAGUAGCACUUGUCAAAUUACAGUACAGUAAUUCCCCUAAAUAUGAACCUUCAAUUUGCAAAUUUUCAAAGGUGCAAACGUGUUUGAAUAUCAUGUAAAGCUGGGUACACACAGGGUUUGUUAUUUCUUUUGUUUUUUGUUCAACUCUGUGGAAGAACUCGGAAAAAACCUGACGGAUCACCAUACUAACACAAGCAAUAUUGUGGCAAUCUCCCCUCCUUGCCCUUGUGCUCGGACAGUGGGUCUCCUCCCUCUAGAACACACUGAUCAGCGCUCACAGCCAUUGUCUGCAAGCGCUAAUCUUUGAGUUUAUGAACAAUCUCCCGGAAUGGAACACGUUCAUAAGUAGGGGCUUGCUGUAAUCUAUAUUUUGUUUUAAACUUUGCCAUUGUGUCCUAAAUGUACUGUAUCUGAUUUUUGGCCAUUUUCUCUGCCAAACAGUUUUUUAAUUGUACAGCUGUUAAUCUUUUAACAGAUGAGUCAGAUGUGAAAAAAGUUGUUUAAUCAGUAGGUAAUGCUGGUUUUCAUACAAAAUAAUCCCGUACAUAUUCAUUACAACCCUGUUACAGAUUGUCAGAAGGCGAUUGCUGAUGUCAUCUUGCUUGUUUUUCUUCUCCAUUCUCUUCUGUCUUCUUCUUUGUUUCUCAUGAUGGACACAAGGAUGACAAAAUAAAAAUGAUUGUGAUUCA